UGUGAGUGCUGAAUUCUCUAACGACUACGAGGCCAAUGUUAAAUCUUAAAAUAAUAAAAAAGAAGAAAGUUUGGUUACGUUGUCACUAAACAGGGUUAUUGUUUACUGGUGUCCAAGUGUCGUCAGUUUUAAUUUUUGUAUGGUCCUUUGCUAUUUAUAUUAUGCGAUUUUAAAGAAAACCGUGUAAUUUAAUAGUUUCCAAAGAGAAGUCCAUCUACUCGAGAUGGCCAACGUGAUAGAAAUCCCUUUACGGGAUACAGAUGAGGUAAUUGAAUUGGAUAUUGAACAAUUGCCGGAAGGAGAUGAAGUCCUGGGUAUUUUGCGGCAGGAAAAGACCCAACUUUCUGUUUGGGUCAAUUUGGCUUUGGAAUAUUACAAACAAGGAAAGAUCGAUGAUUUUAUUAAAAUACUUGAAGCUUCAAGAACUGACGCCAACGUCAGCUAUAGGGAUUAUGAAAAAGACCAAAUGCGUGCUCUGGAUAUGCUUGCAGCAUACUACGUCCAAAAGGCUAAUAAAGAAAAGAAUAAAGACAGAAGAAGGGAAUUAUUUACGAAAGCUACGCUUCUGUAUACAACAGCUGAUAAAAUUAUCAUGUAUGACCAAAAUCAUUUAUUGGGUAGAGCAUAUUUCUGCCUUUUGGAGGGUGAUAAAAUGGAACAAGCUGAUGCCCAAUUCAAUUUCGUAUUGAAUCAAUCGCAAAAUAACAUCCCUUCGUUAUUGGGUAAAGCUUGUAUAGCUUACAACAGAAAAGAUUAUAGGGCUGCUUUGGCUUUCUAUAAAAAGGCUUUGAGAACUAAUCCAAAUUGCCCAGCAGCUGUAAGAUUAGGUAUGGGUCACUGUUUUAUCAAACUUAAUAACCUGGAAAAGGCUAGAUUGGCCUUUGAAAGAGCCCUAGAUUUGGAUCCCAAGUGCGUAGGCGCCCUGGUCGGUCUAGCGAUAUUAAAAUUAAAUUUGCAACAACCAGAAUCAAUUCGAACUGGUGUACAGAUGUUAUCUAAGGCUUACACAAUCGAUUCGUCCGAUCCCAUGGUUUUGAAUCAUUUAGCUAACCAUUUCUUUUUCAAAAAGGACUACAGCAAAGUGCAACAUUUGGCGUUACAUGCGUUUCACAAUACGGAAAAUGAAGCUAUGCGUGCUGAAAGUUGUUACCAACUGGCUAGAUCAUUUCAAGUACAAGGAGAUUAUGACCAGGCCUUCCAAUAUUACUAUCAAGCAACUCAAUUUUCGCCAGCUUCUUUUGUACUGCCGCAUUUCGGACUAGGUCAAAUGUACAUCUACAGAGGAGACACUGAAAAUGCUGCUCAAUGUUUUGAGAAAGUUCUCAAAGCCCAACCGGGUAAUUACGAAACGAUGAAAAUUUUGGGUUCUCUGUAUGCCAAUUCGACAUCUCAAUCUAAAAGGGACAUAGCUAAAGUCCAUUUGAAAAAAGUGACUGAUCAAUUUCCGGACGAUAUCGAGGCUUGGAUUGAAUUGGCGCAAAUUUUGGAACAGGGCGAUUUGCAAGCUUCUCUUAAUGCAUACGAGAUGGCCAUGCAACUGUUGAAAAAGAACGUUCAGAGUGACAUACCUGUCGAGAUUUUGAAUAACGUUGGCGCAUUGCAAUAUAGAUUGGGAAAUCUAGAAGAAGCCAAAAAGAACGUAGAAGAAGCCAUCAGCAGAGCAGAAUUGGAAGCGACUCACGAUCCUCAAUACUACAACUCUGUAUCCGUAACGAUGACAUAUAAUUUAGCUCGACUAAACGAAGCCAUGUGCCUCUUUGACAAGUCCGAAAAGCUGUACAAAGACAUUUUAAAAGAGCACCCGAACUACGUCGAUUGCUAUUUGAGAUUGGGCUGCAUGGCGAGAGAUAAAGGACACUAUUAUGACGCUUCCGAUUGGUUCAAAGAAGCCUUGAGGAUCGACACCGAACACCCGGACGCUUGGUCGUUGCUAGGUAACCUCCAUUUGGCCAAGCAAGAGUGGGGACCCGGCCAGAAGAAGUAUGAAAGGAUUUUAAAGAAUCCUUCCACAUCACAAGACGCUUAUUCUUUAAUCGCACUCGGCAACGUCUGGCUGCAAACCCUUCAUCAACCUACCAAAGACAAGGAUAGAAUGAAGCGGCAUCAAGACAGAGCCCUGAAUCUGUACAAGCAAGUUCUAAAGAUCGAUCCGAAGAACAUAUUCGCUGCCAACGGCGUGGGUUCGGUUUUGGCGCACAAAAAUGCCGUCAAUGAAGCCAGAGACAUUUUCGCGCAAGUCAGAGAAGCCACAGCUGAUUUUUCCGACGUAUGGUUGAACAUCGCUCACGUUUACGUCGAGCAAAAGCAGUUCGUCAGCGCUAUACAAAUGUACGAGAACUGCCUAAGGAAGUUUUAUAAAUAUAACAACGUCGAAGUUCUGCAAUACUUGGCGAGAGCUUAUUUCAAAGCGAAUAAGUUCAAGGAAGCGAAAAUGGUACUGCUCAAAGCCAGAAGGGUGGCACCUCAAGAUACUAUCCUGUUGUACAAUAUCGCUUUGGUGCUGCAACGAUUAGCUACUGUCAUUUUGAAGGAUGAAAAAUCGACGUUAUCGACGGUGUUACAAGCCGUGCACGAGCUGGGCCUGUCUUUAAAAUAUUUUAACUACUUGGUCGAACUAGCCGACAAACAGCGUUACGACGUAGCUCUGGCCGAACUGGAAGCUAGACAAUGCAAAGAUCUCUUGUCCCAAGCGCAAUACCACGUGGCGCGAGCCCGACGCGUCGACGAAGAAGAACGCACGAUCAGACGUAAACAAGAAGAAGAACGCGCCGCUUUCAAGAUGCGCCAAAUCGAAGAGGCGAAGAAAAUCGAAGAAUUCCAACGGCUCAACAAGGAGCAAAUGUUGCAGAAACGUCAAGAAUACAAGGAGAAGACGAAGAACGCCGUCAUAUUCGAUUACAUGCCGUCAGAGAAGAAGGCCAAAGCGAAAGGACGAAGCAAAACCGGAGACGUACUCUCGGAUUCCGGUAGUGAUCAAGAAAACGUCGACGGUAGCGGUCCUUCGGAGAAGAAAGAUCGCGGACGGAAGAAACAACGAUCCGACGGAGACAGAAAGAAGAAAGGCGGCAGAGGAAGAAAACGCAAGGGACACAGCGAUAACGAUUCGGACGGUAGCAACAAACCGAGACAAAGGAAGAAGAAGGAACCGAAAAUUAAAGCGAAGAAAGACGAUGGUCUCAGCGCUAAGCAGAAGAUGCGGAUCGUAUCGAAAGCGACGAUAUCGUCCAGCGAUGACGACAGCGACGAUAACCGUCUUAAAGUGGCGAGCGGCGACGAAAGCGACGCUGGCGGUAGAAGGAAACGCAAAAUUUCGUCCGGGUCGGAAUCGGAUCGAUCGAGAGCGCGAUCGAAGUCUGGUAGCAGAUCUAGAUCGCGCUCCAAAAGCAGAUCUAGAUCUAAGAGCGGUUCCAGAUCGCGCUCGAGGUCUAAAAGCGGGUCUAGAUCUAAAUCUAGAUCAAGAUCUAAAAGCGCUUCCAAAUCAAGAAGUGUAUCCAGAGAGAGAUCGAGGUCGAAGAGUGGUUCUAGGUCUAGAUCUAGAUCGAAAUCGGGCAGCAGAUCGAAAUCUAGGUCUAGGAGUCGUUCUAAGUCGAAAUCUAAAUCGCCUUGAAUCGAUCGGAUUUCUUUGUAGGUUUUUAAUUGUUGAUAAAUGUAUGAAAAUAUUUGCUUCCAAUUUGAUCGCGGUAUGUACGUUUCAUUGUGGUUCUUCCGAGAAGUGGUUGGUUCUUUUGGAUUACGGCGGUUUAGUAUACUACCCUUCUGAGCCAAUAAAAAAAAAAACGGUGUUUUAGUUGAAGUGAGUUUCUAGGAAAAACGCAUUUUUUGUGUUCCUUUGAAUUAAAAAAAAAAAUAAUUUAAAUACCGCCGGAUUGUUUCAAAUAUUUCUUGUCACUUAUAAUAUGAUGAUAUGCAGUAUACAGGUAGCAAAAAAAUAUUGAAGGUCACUUUGAAUUUGUUCUUUUUGAGGAUACCUCUUUCCAGUUUAGGAGGGCCGGUUACAGGGUGGCAAAAGAAUAUUGAUGGUCAUUUUAAAGAUUCGUAUUUUGAUGCUUUUUGA